AUUAAGUUUUGUGUGAGAGUUUGACUCUAUUUGUAAACUUUCACUUAAAGCACAAUUUUUAAAAAAGUGGUUCUAAAAUUUUAUUGAGAAUUUUUUUAAUAUAUGUGAUAUAAUUUUACUAUAACUUAGUGGUAUUAGAAAGUCUCUUCCAAUUAGAAAGCGUGGAAAGCUUGUAAUUGUACAGUGUAUUGUUUAGUCAUAAAUCGAUCCUUUAAAAAUAAAUAUCUAACAAGGUAGUUCUAGUAUAUCCACAUCAUGAAAUAGAAUAUAUAACUUAAAAACAUAUUAAGAAAAACAAAAAGAAAAACCUGUUGCCAUCGAGUCGAUUUCAACUCAUGUGGCAGAGUAGACCUGCUCCGUGGGGUUUUCUUGACUCAUUGUUAUGGAAGCAGAUUGCUAUGUGUUUCUUCAGUGGCGCUCCUGGGUGGCUUUGAACCACUAACCUAUAGGUUAGUAGUCCAGUUAAAACUGGGCUACUAACCUUAAAAAUAUAUUACCAGGGACCUUAAAAAUAUAUUACCCAUUGCUGUUGAACUGGAUUCUGACUCAUAGUGACCCUAUAGGACAGAGUAGAACUGCCCCAUAGGGUUUCCAAGGAGCAGCUGGUGAAUUCAAACUGCCAACCUUUUUAUUAGCAUCUAGGCUUACUAAAAAAACUAGGACCACUUAAUUUGUAUUUAGCAUUCUAGACUAUUCCUGUUAAUAAACCUCUGUGAUUAUUCUUGGAGAUCAUGCGAUCGUAUAAACAUCUGUCACAAUUUUAGAAAAAGGAAGAAAUUGGCAAAAAGGAGAAAAAAACUGAAGUAUUUGCUUUGCAAAAAACUGUAUAUAAUUUAAAAUACAUGAUUUUAUUAAAAUUAGUAGUUUACUUUGAGGCAACGUUUAGCAACUUAUUUACAUUUUAAGUAUAAGUUUAUUGCUGUUACGUAUUUGAGUUUACCUGAAGAAAAUCUUAUAUAUAAAUAAAUAUGAAACUUAAAAAACUUUUACCUUUAUAUAUGUGUAUAAAACCAAAAAAACCAAACCAGUUGCUAUCAAGUCGAUUCCGACUCAUAGCAACCCUAUGAUAGGACAGAGUAGAACUGCCCUGUAGAGUUUCCCAGGAGUGGCUGGUGGAUUUGAACGGCCAACCUUUUGGUUAGCAGCCAGGCUCUUAACCACUGGGCCACCAGGGCUCCAUCUCUCUCUCUCUCUGAUUUGUCUCAUCUCUCUAAUCUAUCACAAAAGAGAUAAAGCCUUUUUUGUUAGCAUUAUAAAAGGAUUGUGCCUUUAUUAUUCAUUUCAGUGUUUCUUCACCUAGUGAAGUCUCCUAAUGUCUAAAACACAUUUUUAAGAAAUUUUCUUCAGAUAACUUUUACCUUCAGCUGUGGUAAAUUGUAUUAUUUAGGAAGCACCUUAGCCCACUUUUAAAGGAUAUCUGAUAUAUUUGCUGUACGAUUUUCUAUUUAGUGCUUGAAGGAAAUGUCUGUGGCAUUAGGAAAAAAAAUUGAACAGGCUCUUCAAUUAUUCAUAAACUUCUCUUCCAGAACAUAAGCUAACAUGGAUGAAAAAUGACACAUAGUUUUUCCACAUUAGCAAAAAUUCUUAUCUCAAAACUAAUAUUUCUUUAACCAUUACCUGAUACUUUGGCUAAGCAAUAGAUUAUACUGUUAUUAGGAAUAAAAAUCGAACACUAAGAAAUACUUUUCAAACAGAAGGCAUUUUCCUUUUCCCUACUUUAUGUGCCCAGAGAACAUACUGCACUAAAAAACACAUCAAUAAAAAAUUCAAAUGUGCUUUGUGACAAAUAUUAUUUAAAACAAUAUUGUAAGUAAAUAAAAACUUUACUACCUACUAAGAUUUCAACCCCGGUGAAUAAAGAGAAAUUUUGGGCCAAAAUUUGAUGUAACUGAAACCAGUAAAUUGAAAAAUGUUUCUUUAGAAUUGAUUAAGAUUGUUGUUUCAAAUAAGAUAAUAUGUAAAAACCAGUGUGAAUAGUAAAUAACAAUACAAAUGUAUAUUUUAACUUCUGUUAAGAAAAGUCCUUUCCUUAUAUUCAUUCUGUUUUCUGAUAAUCCUGAACAUUGGUAGGUCCUUCUCUUUGUUGGGCUGAGAUCUGUCCCAUUAGGCAGGUAGUGUGCCUUGCACGUAUGGGAAGGGCCCAGUCAAUAGCUCAAUAAAUGAAUUUGUACUUCCAUGACUUUAUACUAUUUCAGUUUUCUGGGAUGCUAGGAGCAUGUUUUUGAGUUCCUAUGAGAUGCUGUUUUAUGUGAAGGUUUUUGAAAUAUUUGGGUCAUAGAAAUUAUGCCCUAAUCCUUCUAGUCAAAUUUUAGGAACUUAAAAAAAAAAAUUUUUUUUUUUUUUUAGUUAAUUAGUCCACCAUUUUACAUUCUAUAGCAUUACAAAUUGCCAAAUUUUGACUGUUUUUGACAAGUAAAAAAGAUAAUUUUGUAUGAUUCAGCCUGAUAUUUCAACUCUAGGAUUAUGUAAAACAGUUAAGAACAGGCCAAACUAGAAAGGGCCAAAACCGGCUUUUGAUAGGGAAGCUGAGGAGAGAUAUAUACCUUUUUGUAAUGUAUAUGAGCUGUAAGUUGCUAAGUUAAUUACAAUAGUGUUACAAAUACACUUUUAUUGUUCCAUAUACAUGCCUGUACUGGACAGUUGUCUUUUACCUGUCUAACAUCUAGCCUCUCCUUUGCUCUCUCCCAUAUCAGAUACAUUUGUCACAGAGUCCCUUACUGCUAGGGCAGGAGAACAUGAUCUUGGCUUUGAAUCAGAAGUUAGCAACUUGGAAAAAAGGGACUGUGCGGAAUCCAUUCUGGGCAUAGGUUGUGUUGUCAGUUGUAACCAUUAUGUCUAAGGCGGUGGUGGCAGCAGUUCUAGCCCGUGUACUUCGUCCGGGUUUUCAGUGAUGCCAACUCUGCUACCUCAUGCUCUGUGGAAGAGGGGGUGGUGUCACUGGACCUGUUCUCCACUGUGACUUUGGACAUCUUCCUUAACUUCACAGCCUUCCAGUCUGAUACUCUGGCCCCCCCCAGUACACUUAUAUAAAAUCUUUUCUGCUUAACUCAGCCCAAGUUGGCAUCCGUUGCUUACAAUUAAGAACCAGUGAUUUCAUGGAAUUUUAAUCAUAUAUUGCUUAACUAUCUUUAUUACCAUAGAAGAGGGAUGAAAACUCAUUUGGUGGCAGUCACUAGCAGUAAAGGAUUUUUAGCUUAUGCUCCAAAUUCAUAGACCGUGAUCGAAAUACCACAUUUAGUGCUUGCUAACCUUUGGGAAGGAGCCCUGGUGGCCCAGUGGUUAAGUGCUCAGCUGCUAACCAAAAGCUCAGUGCUUUGAACCUACCAGCUGCUCUGCAGGAGGAAGAUGUGGCAGUCUGCUUCUCUGAAGAUUACAGCCUUGGAAAUCCUAUGAGGCAGUCUUUCCUAUAGGGUCAUUAUGAAUUGGAAUUGACUCGACGGCAGUGGGUUUGGUUUGGAGCCUCUGAGACUGCAAAAAGGACAUUUCAAGCAAAAGGCAUCUUGGCAGGAGAGAGCAGAAGUUUUAAGCCUCAUUUAACCUUCAUGAAAUUGUCAAAAGCACCGUGGCUCCGUAAGAGAGGAGUGAAAAAAAUAGAUCCUGAACUCUAUGAAAAAUUUCUCAGUCACAGAUUUGGAGAAGAAACAUUAUAUCGUAUAGAUCUUUGUUCCAUGGUGAAGAAAAAACAAAGCGACGGUUAUUAUCACUGUGAGUCUUCAGUUGUGAUUGCAUUCUAUGAUAAAAAUGUAACAAGUGGCUCUUUUGCCACGGCUAUGGGCAUGGAAACGUCUCCCCCCCGUGCCGGAAGCCAGCUGGUGGCCACGACGACGCGCCAUUCCACAUCCCACCGCGCCGAGACCCUGUGGGUGUCCUCCCGAGAUGAGCUCACUGAAACGGCUGCAUCCAGUCAAGGAAACUUAGAGGGAAAUUUUGAGUCACUGGGCCUUGUGGACUAUGCUAAAAAGCAGCCAUGGUGGCGCGAGCUGUUCAGGCAGGGAUCUGGGCCGUCUGCCAAAAAGUAUAGUAUGGCCGCCCAGCUGCUUACUGGAGGCGUCAGUGGAUGGUGCACGGGUUUCAUAUUCCAGAAGGUUGGGACGUUGGCGGCAACAGCUGUGGGAGGUGCGUUUUUCCUCCUUCAGCUUGCAAACCAUACUGGCUACAUCAAGGUUGACUGGCAACAAGUAGAGAAGGAUAUGAAGAGAGCCAAGGAACAGCUGAAAAUCUGUCAGAGUAACCAGGUACCUAAUGAACUCAAAAGCAAAGCUAAGGAACUCAGAUCGUUUGUGAAGAAGAAUGUCCUUGUGACUGGGGGAUUUUUUGGAGGCUUUCUGCUGGGCAUGACAUCCUAAGGAGGAUGACUUCACUUCUGUUGUUUCUGGGUGGUUUUUCUUCCAUUGUUCAUCAGAAUGUGUCAGUUGUGUUUUUCCAACCAGAAGCCUGUCAUAGGACAUUGAGCCUCGCCUUGUUUGCCUCUCCCCCAUCCCCCUGGUGUCUACCAGCUUGCACUGGCAGAUCUGAAUAGCUUUCUGUUGGUAUAGGUUAACUUAGUGUGAACCUAACUUGAACUUGCUGAUGAUGGAAGAGACUAUAGGCAUUAUAUCUUCCCGUCACUAGGGUUGUGUCACCCUCCCCCCAUGGACCUCUUCCUGUGUUAGACCAUAUAGAAUCUUUAGUAAUGUUUAUUAUCAGUUUUAAUCAUAAAAUAAUAUGUGAUAAAUUGUAAAUUGUUUAAAUGUAGUAUUUCUUAGAUUAUAUGAAUACUAACAAAAUUGUUUUGUAAAAUAUUUCUACAUUGAAUUACAUCAUUAUUUGUAACUGAUUUUUUAAUUUUUUUCCUUUUCCUUUAAUUACCACUUCAUUCUCAAAAAAGUUACUGAUACAGGUUUACAAAUAUGAAUUACCAUGAUAUUGUAGCUAAAAUACCAGAAAAUUUGACAGAAUCAGUGACUAUAAAAACACUGGCAGCGUGUGCUUGUAGUUAGUGCGGACAAAGCCACAUGACUCGAAGCAUCACUGUAAUUGGGUAAUAAUGACAGCUCUGACUGACAGAGCACUUUAGAAGGUUCAAAAAGUAAAUUAGCAUAGAGUUUUAGACUUAUAGGUAUAUUGAUACAUGUAAGCUAGGCUUAUGGAAAGUGUUUUUGUUGUUAUAACUAACAGGUGUAUUUUUAUAAAAAAUAAUAAAUUUCUGCUGAAACACUGCACAGAAAUUUUGUAGACAGUCAUUUUGGUAUCACCCCCUCUGACAGCGUCACCUGGUGCAGUCCAUCUAGUGAUGCGACUGUCUCCCAGCACUCUCCCCAUGUGGCUAGUCUGUAGCUCAGCAAGUAUGUUUCUUUUCCCUACUUAAGAUGCAAGGUGGCUCAAUGAGUAGGAUGAGUGGAUCCUCAAAUGUGGCCCCGAACUGUUGAUUUGGAAAAGAAAUAGCAAGCACAUUGAUAUCUUGUUAUUAUGUGCUACAUGGAAAGGAACUGAAUACAUUUGCCUUUAAGCAUCAAGUACAAAAAAAAGUAACAAGUGCAAAAAUACCCCAGACUGACAGUAGCAUAUCUAUAUGAAAUGACUCAUUUAAAAAUCAUUAUUAGUGUGAAAUUGAUACUCUAUAAUAUAGGAGUGUCUCUUUUGUGGUGGGAAGGAUCAAAGAAUAUAUCUUGUUUUUUUCUGCACAGGCUGACAGGGAGAUGAUUAAGAAAAUUUCAUCUCUACUUAGACCGAUUAAGAGGAAUCUAUUUCAAGCAUGUUAGAAGAGGGAAAAGUGAAAAGACAGUUUAUCACAUGAGGGAACUAUACAUUUUUUUUUUUUUUCACUUGAAAACUUUAGUAGCUGGAAUUUUUCUUUGUUCAUAAUUAUCAAGUAAUUAAAGAAGAGCUGAAUGCAGGAUAUUUCAUUAUUUUGUGGCACAGGAAUUGGGUGACUGUAUAAUUAAACAUCCAAAUGGGGAUACUUGUAAGUGUACAGGGAGUUCUAUUAAUUACUAUACUGAUACAAAAGAAAAAAAAUCAAGACUGUCCUGAUUAAACUGUGACUAAAGUCACUCUGCCUAGAAGGCAUAAUGUUUUUGAAAAUAGGGAAACUUUUGACAUGUUAAAAUACUAUAUUUCAAAUGCCAGCCUUGUUCCUUUUUGUAAUCUAAUCAUCCUCUUAAAUGUUUCUUUAUGAGACCUGUUCUCAAAUAAGAAAGUUUAAAAUGUCUUUGCCGUUUAUCCCUAAUAAAAAUGAAAAGUAACUGAUAAUUGAGACUCUCAGCUUAUUUCUUUAUAUCUGAGUUAGAGAAAGCUUCAGAAUAAGUAACUGAGAAAAUUAAUUUUAGUGAUGGAUCACUGUAUUAUAACUGGUUUAUCAGCUGUCGAUCUGGAUGCUAUCACAAAGUGGCAGCUGUGGUUUAGACUAUUUUGAAAAUCCAACUUCUCUUGGCCUAGUUUCAAACCUUAUAAUUUAUAUUAGAUGCUAAUUUAGGAAGCCUGAAGGGGCAGUCCUGUGUGGUAAAGUUAACAAUCUGACAAAUUAAGCAUCACUACUGGAAUGAUGCAGUAAUAAUUUGUUAUUUUAUGAUUUAUUUGGAGAGUUUUCAAUUUUAAGUGUACUUUAGAAAAUAUGAAGGUAAACACUGAAUUCCAAAUAAAAAGAAAAAUAGAUUUACAUGAGUGAAAUUUUUGGAGUGUAGAAUCUGUGGUCGAAUGAAACCAUUAAGACAUAGGAAAGAGGUGCUAAAGGUUUUGGCUAACUGGUCCACCACGUUGCCUAAUUGCCUCUGAGAUGUAUUUUUCCACCACACUAAUUAAUGUCGAUUAAUGUCUUAAAAGAGCUUAGUACAGUACUUGACAUGAAGUUUUAUAUAAAUGUUAGUUGUUAUUAAUGUUAGUAGCAGUACUAGUUAUAUUACAAUACUUAUUGCAACAGUGUUCUUGCCUUCCUAACAUCAGAAGAGCCAUUUCAUGGCUAUUAAAUAUUUGUAUUAUUCCUAAUUCUUUCCUUUAAAUUCCCAUGUGAUUAACAUUGGUUUGCAUUUCAAAGAUAAAAAUGCAUAUUUAUAUCAAGUGUUUUUAUUUAUGUAUAUAAGUACAUAAAACAAAACAAAACAAAAAAACCCAUUGCCUUUGAAUUAAUUCUGACUGAUAGUGACCCUAUAGGAUAGAGUAGAACUGCCCCAUAGGGUUUCCCAGGAGCAGCUGGUGGAUUUGAACUGCUGACCUUUUGGUUAGCAGCUGAGCUCUUAACUGCGGUGCCUGCCACCAGGGCUCCUAUAUAAAAGCAUAGAUGAAGAUUAAAAAUGGCUUAAUUACGUUUUUUUGACUAUGGGAGAAAAACAAAGUCAAAUCUAUUUAGUGUAGUGUCAUUUUAAAAGAACAAUAGAUGAUGUGGCGAAAUCGUAAGAGACAAACAUAUAAAACUCAUGAAAUUCUCCAUUUCAAUGAAACACAAACGAAUUGGAGAAAAGGUAGGAUAGCAGAAACAGAGAGAGAGAGCAAGUGAGUGAGCUACAGAGAGAAAGUCAUAGUGACCCAGGAGUUCCUGGAGUCAGGCUUGUUCUAAUAGUCACCUCCACUUCCCAGCUCGGCAGCCUUGUUCAUAGUACUUAACGUCCCUAGAACCAGUUACUUCAUCUAUAAAAUAGGAAUAAUAAUAAAAUCAAUUUUGUCUUAAUCUUUACUGUUGUUAGAUGCUGUCAAGUCUCUUCCAGCUCAUAGUGACCCUGUGUACAACAGAAUGAAAUGCUCCCCAGCCCCGUACCAGCCUCACAAUCCUUGCUAUGCUUGAGCCCAUCUUUGCAGCCACCGUGUUACUCCAUUUCAUUGAGGGUCUCCCUCUACCAAGCAUGAUGUCCUUCUCCAGGGACUGGUCUCUUCAAAUAACAUGUCCACAGUAUGUGAGAUGAAGUCUUGCCAUCCCCGCUUCUAAGGAGCAUUCUGGCAGUACUUCUUCCAAGACAGAUUUGUUCAUUCUUUUGGCAGUCCAUGGUAUAUUCAGUGUUCUUUGCAAACACCAUAAUUCAAAGGCAUUGAUUCUUCUUCAGUCUUCCUUGUUCACUGUCCAGCAUGUGAGGUGAUUGAAAACACCAUGGCUUGGAUCCAGUUGUACCUUAGUCCUCAAAGUGACAUUUUUACUUUCUAACACUUUAAAGAGGUCUUUGCCAGCAGAUUUUCCCAAUGCAAUGCAUUGUUUUUCUUGACUGCCGCUUCCAUGGGCAUUGAUUGUAGACCCAAGUAAAAUGAAAUCCUUGACAACCUCAAUCUUUUCUACGUUUAUCAUGAUGUUGCUUAUUGGUCCAGUUGUGAGGAUUUUUGUUUUCUUUAUGUUGUGGUACAGUCCAUACUGAAGGCUCUAGUCUUUGGUCUUUAUCAGUAAGUGCUUCAAGUCCUCUUUUUGCUUUCAGCAAGCAAGGUUGUGUCAUCUACAUAUUGCAGGUUGUUAAUGAGUCUUCCUCCGAUCCUGAUGCGCCGUUCUUCAUAUAAUCCAGUUUCUCAAAUUCUUUGUUCAGCAUACAGAUUUAAUAAGUAUGGUGAAAGGAUACAACUCUGAUGCACACUUUUCCUGACUUUAAACCACACAGUCACCUUGUUCUGUUCGAACAACUGCCUCUUGGCCUAUGUACAGGUUCCGCAUGAGCACAAUUAAGUGUUCUGGAAUUCUCAUUCUUCACAAUGUUAUCCCUAAUUUGUUACGAUACACACAGUCGAAUGCCUUUGCACAGUCAAAACACAGGUAAACAUCUUUCUGGUAUUCUCUGUUUCCAGCCAGGAUCCAUCUGACAUCAGCAGUGAUAUCCCUAGUUCCAUGUCUUCUUCUGAAUCCAGCUUGAAUUUCUCGCAGUUCCCUAUUGAUGCACUGCUGCAACAGUUUUUUAAUUACUGUCAACAAAAUUUUACUUGCAUGUGAUAUUAAUGAUAUUUUUUGAUGAUUUCUACAUUCUAUUGAGUCACCUGUCUUUGGAAUGGGUACAAAUAUGGAUCUCUUCCAGUCAGUUGACCAGGUUGCCUUCUUCCAAAUUUCUGGGCAUAGAUGUGUGAGCAUUUCUAGCACUACAUCCAUUUGUGGAGACAUCUCAAUUGGUAUUCUGUCAAUGCCUGGAGCCUUGUUUUUCACCAGUGCUGUCGGUGCAGCUUGGACUUCUUACUUCAGUACCAUCGGUUCAUGAUCAUGUGCUACUCGCUGAAAUGGUUGAGUGUUGACCAGUUCUUUUGAGUACAGCGACUCUGUGUAUUUCCUCCAUCUUCUUUUGAUGCUUCCUGAAUCAUUCAAUAUUUUUCCCAUAAAACCCUUCAGUAUUGCAACUCGUAUACUUCUUUUGUUAUAUAUUUACUCUCACAAUAGGAAUGGGGGUGUAGAAAGUAUGAUGGCGGUGAGUAGAUGGCUCUUGGCUGUCGUGCAGGUAGAGCAAAUUUAGGAUUCAUAGAUAUUGCCCGACUUAUCAGUUUACUCAUAGCUCCCUCAGGGCACUUGAAGCAUUGCUGGCUUGUGCACAUAAAGACUCCUCCUUCACCUUAAACAUCUUCAGGCCCUUUUUGGUAGUUGUAAUUUAUUUGUAUAGUUUAUUGAACAGAUACUUAUUGACACUAAUAUUGGUAUUUAAUAGCACCAAAACAUUAUGCUCCUUAUUGAGGAUCAAAGAUGGGCAAACACAAACCAUACCUUCAAAUAGUUCCACUCUGGUGGGAAGACAUGUAAGCAAGCAAUUACAAUGCAAAGUGAAAUUGACUGUGUAAUGACUUAAUGGGAACCAAGAAAGGGUACUUCUAAUUCUGAGGAGAAAGGCUGCAUAAAAGAGGAAAGGUUGGAGCUGAAAAAUGGAAAUGUUGGGAGGGAGGCUACUGGAAGGGAAGUGUUUUCCAGGUUGAAGAAGCAGCAUGAGCAGAGACCUAGAGGAGUAUGUUCAGGAAAGUGUAAGUAAUUUACUGUGCAGGUGGUUUACUUAUCCUUAAAAGCAGAUCUUAAGGAGUUUGGAUCUUAUUUUGUAGGGGAUGGGAGUGAUCAAAAAUUUUUGAGCCCAAAAUAACAUGAUCAGAUUUGUGCUUUAGUAAGGACACGCUACUAGUGGUGUAGGAGCACAGUGGGGGAAAAGGAGACUAUAUCUGCAAGACCAGUAAGGAGGCUAUAGAGCUAGUCUAGGCAGGCCAUGAUUAUCACCUGCACUUAGAAUUUGCAGUUGAGAUGGAGAAGAAAGGGCAUGUUGCAGAUAUAGGUAGACAAGAGAAUUGAGAAGAUUUUCAAAUUUAUAGUGGAUCACAAAAUAAAGGGAAGAAACCUAAGAUGGCUCUCAGAUUUUGGGUUUAGACAGAUAGAUAGAUGUUAGCAUCCAACACCAAAAUAGAGGACAAAAGAGAAGAUAGAUUUUGGUGACAAGAAGAUGAUGAGUUCAAUUUUGGACAUGUUAAAGACCUGUGGCUCAAUCAAGUAAUCGUUUGGACAGAGGUCUUAAACAUGAAUGAUGUUUGUGGGAGAUAUGUAAGGGAUUCAGCUAGUUAAAACUCUGGGCGUAGAUGAAAUAGCUGAGGGGCAAUCUGGAAAACCUGGGACUUCAAACUAGAGAUAAAGGACUGUGGAAAUUAUUUAAGUCACCAUGACAAAUCUAUUUAUUGUUUCUUGGUAUAUGGGAUCUGUGUAGCAAUGGCAUGAAAAUACCACUCUACUAUUCGAGCUUGCUUGUUCUUUUUCUCUUAUUCUGCUGGAAACAGAGGAUAAUGAGGGUUAAAGAAACACAGAGUGUAGUUUCUUUCCCUUUAUGAAAUUGAAAUUUUUUCUCUUUUCCAUAAGCCACGAGUAUCCUUUGAUAUUUUUCCUGAAUUUAAUAUGUUUUAUAUAAAACGCCUAAAGCACUAACUGUGGGUAACUGAGAGAACAGCAGUUUGUCAGCCAUGAAUUGUGGUUCUAUUUGAUCUUCCAUUGUUCAGGUGAGAAUUUUGUAUUGAUUCUGGCUGUCAAUAAAGGAAAUGGUAUUUGAUCAUCACAAGUUUUAUAUUUCAUACCAGGGAACCACAGCUGCCAUAUACAUUUUCAUUGCUGACCUCUCUGUUUAAAGUAAAGACUUUCACUUAAGCAGUCAGUCUUAGCGUAAGAACAUUUAGAGAAAGACAGUUCGCAGUUUGCUAUUUGUUCUGCUCCUCCAGCUAAGUAUUUUAGCGAGAAUUUAGUUUGUAAGUCUGACAUAUACUUACCCAUAUGAUAGGCUUUUAUUAGGAUGACACACACUUGCAGUGAUUUGCUUUUUAGAGGUCUUUCUCUUAUGUGAAAUUAUUUGUAGACUGUUUCAACCACUUUCCUAAUUUUAAUUGACCAAACAAUAGACAAAAAGGUCUUAUUAAAAGAUAAAUACAGAAUUCUAGUUGAUACUAUUGGCUGCCUAUUCUGAGUUUCUUCUCUUCCUUACCUUCUACACUGUUGGUAGUGAGCUUCCUCUGUGAGGCAGUGGGCUUCAGGGCAAGUGAACUAGCUUUAGCCACGCAGGAGAUUGGUUUCAUUCUUCUUGCUGUUUAUUGGUUUGUUGUUGUUGUUAGGUGCUGUUGUAUCGAUUCCGACUCCUAGUGACCCUGUGUACAACAGAACGAAGCACUGCCUGGUUCUGCAUCAUCCAAAUAAUCGUAAUAUUUGAGCCCACUGUUAACAGCCACUGUGUCAGUCCUGUCUUGCUGAGGGUCUUCCUCUUUUUCGCUUACCCCCUAUUUUACCAAGCAGGAUGUCCUUACCCAGGGACUGGUCCCUCCUGAUAACAUGUCCAAAGUAUGAGCAUUCUGGCCAUACUUCUUCCAAGACGUAUUUGUUCAUUCUUCUGGCAGUCCAUGGUAUAGUCAGUAUUCUUCGCCAACAGUGUAAUUCAAAGGAAUCAAUUCUUUGGUCUUCCUUAUUCAUUGUCCAGCUUUCACAUGCAUAUGAGGCAAUUGAAAACACCAUGGCUUGGGUCAGGCACACCUUAGUCUUUAAAGUGACAUCUUUGCUUUUUAACACUUUAAAGACAUCUUUUGCAACAGAUUUGCCCAAUGCAAUGCAUCAUCUGAUUUCUUGACUGCUUCUAUGGGCAUUGAUUAUGGAUCCAGGUAAACUGAAAUCUUUGGCAACUUCAAUCUUUUCUACAUUUAUCAUGAUGUUGCUUAUUGGUCCAGUUGUGAGGAUUUUUGUUUUAUGUUGAAGUCUAAUCCAUACUGAAGGCUGUGGUCUUUGAACUUCAUCAAUAAGUGGUUCAAGUCCUCUUCACUUUCAGGUUGUUAAUGAGUCUUCCUCCAGUCCUGAUGCCCUGUUCUUUAUAUAGUCCAGCUUCUCAGAUUAUUUGCUCAGCGUACAGGUUGAAUAAGUAUGAUGAAAGGACACAGCUCUGAUGCCCACCUUUCCUGUCUUUAAACCACGUACUAUCCCCUUGUUCUGUUCGAAUGACUGCCUCUUGGUCUAUAUACAGGCUCCUCAUGAGCACAAUUAAGUGUUCUGGAGUUCCCACUCUUCGCAAUGUUAUCCGUAAUUUGUUAUGAUCCACAGUCAAGUGCCUUUGCAUAGUCAAUAAAACACAGGUAAACAUCUUUCUGGUAUUCUCUGCUUUCAGCCAUGAUCCAUCUGACAUCAGCAAUGAUAUCCCUGGUUCUACUUCCUCAUCCGAAUCCACCUUGAUUUUCUGGCAGUUCCCUGUUGAUGUACUGUUGUAACCACUUUUGAAUAAUCUUUAGCAAACUUUUACUUGUGUGUGAUAUUAAUGAUAGUGUUUGAUAAUUUCUGCUUUCUUUUGGGUCUCCUUUCUUUGGAAUGGGUGCAAAUAAGGAUCUUUUCUAGUCUGUUGGCCAGGUGACAGUCUUCCAAAUUUCUUUGCAUAGGCGAGUGUGUGGUUUCAGUGCUGCAUCCAUUUGUUGAAACAUCUCAGUUGAUAUUCUCUCAGCUCCUGGAGCCUUAUUUUUUGCCAAUGCCUUCAGUGCAGCUUGGACGUCUUCUUUCAGUCCAUCAGUUCUUAAUCAUAUGCUAAUCCCUGAAAUGGUUGAACGUUGACCAGUCCUUUUUGUACAGUGACUCUGUAUUCCUUCCAUCUUCUUUUGAUGCUUGCUGCGUUGUUGAAUAUUUUCUCCGUAGAAGCCUCCGAUCCUGCAACUUGAGGCUUGGAUUUUUCUUCAGUUUUCUCAGCUUGAGAAAUGCUGAGUGCGUUCUUCCCUUUUGGUUUUCUAUCUCCAGGCCUUUGCACAUUUCAUUUCAGUUAUUGGUUAGGAAAUGACAUUCCACCUUGUUCUAAUAUGUGAGGGGAAGUCUGUUUGGAGCCUCAUAGAAAAGCUUUUUCACUGAUAAAGAGAGAUUCAUAGGGAAGAGGAAGUCAUUCUUUACUUGGAAAUUAUUGGAUAUGCAUGUGAUAACCUAAACUUAGGAGGCAUGUUAACUGUGUGGACGCUAGCUGACUACAACCACAUGUAACAAGUAUGGGAGACUAGAAAAAUGAGUCUUGAUGAUCUUGUAGGCCACUGAAUUAGCCAACCCUGGAAUUAAACUACCCCAGGUUAUAGCAGAUGAUGAAAUUUAUUUAAUUCUGUAACCAUUUGAGUCUGUUUUCUGUUACUUGCAGUUGAACACAUUCUAACAGAAAUAUAUUUCAGAUGUGAAUUAAGAAAUGUAUUAACAGGAGAUACAUUCAGUAUUUUGGCUUUAUGGGUACUUAAACAACGGUUCUUAAAAUUACCAAAUAUUGUUGGAAGCAUCUAUAAACAGCCUAAUCAGAAUGAAUACUGACAUAGUGUGUCAGAUGAAUGUCAGCCUGGGUCGUGGUGGGACAUGACAGAUUGUAAGACCUGCUAAAAAUAGUCUUGAUGUAACUGCAUUUCAUCUAGUUUAAAUGAAUUUUCUUAUAGCUUUUUGUUAUCUUGGGGAUUCACUUUCAUUCUUAUCUCUUUAAGAGAAAAAAUCUUUAAUAAUAAUGUAUUGAGUUAUUAAAGGUCUUUUUAUUUGAAGUCUUCAAAUCCUUUAUAUACCAGGAAAUGUGACUGUUGCCUUGCCCAGGGUCAAAGAGUGGAACAGUUUUGGAGCUAAAUAUAGAUUGACAGAAUUGCACGUAAAGAAUCGUUAGGACAUGUGAAAAAAACCCAAUAAAUUGGUAACUGGAGAACCAAAUUUUAUGUUGCUUACAUUGUUAAACUAUAAACAAAAUCUACCUAUUGGAUCCCACUGGCUUUUCUGAAAUAAAUUUGUUUCCUUCCUAUGAAGGAUGUUACUUAAAGUGGAGGACAUUCAAGGAUUAAAGGCACUUGAAUGAGAAAGCAGCCAUAUCAGAUAAUACAAAUACU